UUACACUGUCCGUUUCAGAGAAGAGCGGAAACAUGGAUCCUGUGUCACACACCUCUCGUCUUUACAUGCUGAUAUGCCAUGAAUCCCGAACACAGGGCCAUGAAUAACCGAGAAAAGAAGGGCGCAGCUUACGUCCGGAGUGUUGGCGCUCAGGCGACUUCGGUGCAAAGAGGAUCAGCCGCUAUGGCGACGAAAGGAAAUUUGUACAUCAGUGUGAUGGCAACACUGCUGUUCAUGUCAACUUGGCAACUGUGUGAAUGCUCCGCGUGCCGGUGUUCGAAUCGCCAAGUCGAAUUCCAGAAGGAGUAUCAAGACUUCAAGGUUGAUGAUGUGUUCGCAUUCAUGAGAAGUCAACUGCACUGCUGUUCUUUUGCCCUUCUUGGCUACGAAGACGGCAAUGCGACCAUAGAAUGGGAGUUCAACGGAGAGCCUUCCCCGUGGCCGAAGUCGGUCAGCACCUUCGAGAGGCAGUUCUGCGGCCACGAGACUAUCCAGACGCGCGAAGUUGCCCUUACGGAUGCUGGGAACUACACCUGCACCGUCACCUCUUCCAAUGGGACGGUUGUCAAGUCGACGAUACGAUUGAACGUUUUCCCCAUCACCGAGUUCCGAGAUUUGCCAAAGCCUUUAGUGUCUCCCGAAGACUCCUUCGCCUCGGCUGGAAUGGCUGCAAACUUCUCCUGCCGAGCUUACGUAGGGGAGCCCAUCAUCCCUCCUACAGGAACUUUCAGAAGGAUCUACGACAACAACACUGAGAUUAUGGCCACAGAUCUACCUAACGUCACAGUCACGCUAACGAGGCCAAAUCGAGGCAUCAUGGAAGUGGAAAUGGUCAUCCACGAAGUCCGCCAAGAACACUUUGGGAGAUAUUCAUGUGACGUCGGCAAUGUCUACGGUCUGCUGAGAAAGAACGUAUCCCUUAUAGAUGGAGUGUCUGAACCAAAAAGGAUGAUGCUAAUGUACCAAACGAUCUUCAUUGUGGUGUCUGUGGUGGUAGUGACGUCAAUGUUGUCCUCCUGGCUGGCAUGGAGACUCAGGAUUGUGUUGGCAGUGUGGUGGCAGAAGAAGACCGUCGCGACUGCAGCCCAAGACAAGUACACCUACGACGUCUUCGUGAUCCACGGAGAAACGGCCUCCAGCUGGGUGUGGGGCGUCCUGGUUCCGGUGCUGGAGACGACCCACGGCUACGCUUGCUUUCUGCCGGACCGGGACCUGCACGGGGGAGAGAUGGUCGCAGACACCAUCUCAGCUGUUAUGGCCACCUGUCGCCGUGUGCUUGUGGUGACGACGCCUUGCUUGCCCGAGAGUCGUUGGGGAACUUGGUCUCUGCAUUCCGGCAUCCACUCCACCCUGACGUCACCAACCCGCAUUCUCGCCCUCAAGCUACAG